UCUCAUAGUUUAGUUACGAUUUCGAAAACGACCCGACGCGUCCGCCGCCGGCUUCUACCGAAUCUUCUCCGAACUCACGCUUGACCUGUCAAGUUCUCGUUCUGCGCCGCAUCUUCUAGAAGAUCAAGUGUUGUGUUGUUUGUGACAGUUUGUUCUUUUCGAUUGGAUUGACCGUUGGAUUUUUCGGAUUCGUUCUAGGCCGAAGAGUCCACCUCUUCCCGGUUCUCGCGGCUGCGUGGUGCUCUCAUACCCUGGUGAUGAGCCAGCGCUAGCACGAUGGGGGUAACCGAUGACUUAGCCCCCAGCUUCACGCAGAAGCCACAGCUCAGGCAGGAGGAUGACGGCAACAAGCUGGUCUUCGAGUGCCAGCUCCUGGCCGCGCCUCAGCCCGAGAUCUGCUGGUUCAGAGGCGAUGAGCAGCUCAAGGAAGAUAAUAGGACUAAGUUUAAGAUCCAGAGCAUCGCCAACAACAAGUUCGUGGUGGUGCUGGAGCUGGACGACGUGGUGGAGACGGACGCGGGGCUGUACAAGGUGAAGGCCAAGAACAAGAUGGGCGAGGUGGCCGCCUCCAUCAACCUCAACUUCAGCCCGGCCGACGAGGAGAAGCAGAAGCAAGUGGACGGCAAGGCGCCCACGUUCGCCCGCAAGCCGGCCAUCAGGCAGGAGGAUGACGGCAAACGCCUCAUCUUCGAGUGCCGCAUCGAGGCGACGCCGGUGCCCAGCGUCACGUGGUUCCACAACACGCAGCAGGUCACGCCAGGAGCGAGGCACAAGGUUGCCGUGACGAAGGAGGGCAACUCGUACCAGGCCUCGCUGGAGAUCAGCGGCGUGACGGUGGAGGACGCGGGCAAGUACCGGGUCACCGCCAAAAACGAGCUCGGCGAGAGCAACGCGACGAUCAGCCUGAACUUCGACAGCGACGAGGCUCCCGUACCUGAUGACACUAUAAAGCCAACAUUUACGGAGAGACCAGUAAUCAGGCAAUCGGACGAUGGCACAAAAAUCACAUUCGAAUGCAGAUGUGUUGGCAAACCGAAACCAACCAUCGCAUGGUAUCAUGGAAAAAAACAAAUAAAAGAAAGUAGUAGGUAUAAAAUUUCAUUAGAUGAGGACCAAACAUUAUAUCAUAUGGCACGACUAGAAAUCAUAGGCGUUGAAGACUCAGACAAGGGCGAAUACAGAGCGAUGGCGAAAAACAAAUGCGGUGAAGGCGUAGCAAAAAUUAAUCUUAACUUUGAAAGUGGAGAUAAACCUAAAAUUCCCGACGGUAAACCACCUAGGUUUCCCAAAAAGCCAACUAUUCGACAAGAUGGCGAUGUUUUGGUAAUGGAAUGUGUACUUGAAGCAUAUCCACUGCCCGACAUCGCAUGGUUUCACGGGGAAAAAGAAAUUAAAGAUGGCAAGAAAAUUAAAAUGUCCAGGAAAGUGGUUGGGAGGGACACAUAUAAUUUAACGUUAGAAAUAUUAAACCCAACGAGAGAAGAUGGUGGAAAUUAUAGAUGUAAUGCCUUCAACGUGUUUGGUGAAAGUAAUGCCAAUAUCGCUCUCAACUUCCAAGGUGGGGAUGAUGACAAUGGUUUUGCUCCAUCAUUCAUCGAAAAACCCUUGAUCAUUCCCAACGAAGACGGCACACUCAUAACGAUGAGGUGUAUUUGCAAAGCAAAGCCGGCGGCAGAAGUCAUGUGGUAUAGGGGUACUACUGUCAUUAAGGCUAGUAGUAAAAUUGAAAUCAAAUCAACAGACAAGGGCGAAGAUAUUUAUGAGUUAGUGUUGCUUUUAGCGAACCCGACGUCAGCGGAUGGUGGCUCUUACCGCUGUCACGUCAGGAAUGAGUUUGGUGAAAGCAACGCAAACCUCAACCUUAACAUUGAGGCAGAACCCGAACCAGAGGGUGAGGGACCAACGUUUGUGGAGAAACCCACAAUCACUUCCAAGGACAAUGGAAAACUAGUAACAAUGGGUUGCAAAGUUAAGGCCAGCCCUAAGCCCACUAUUGUCUGGUACCACGAAGGCGUAGAAAUCAGGGACUCAUCGAAGAUCAAGACCAGGAUCGAAGUCAAAGAAGAUAUUUAUACAAUUAUCUUAGAACUUAUUGAUCCUGGUGUUGAAGACUCCGGACUAUAUAAAUGCAAUAUUAAAAACGAACUUGGGGAGCUCAAUGCGAAUCUUACGCUCAAUAUUGAAAUCAUUCCAGUAAUCAAAGAGAAGCCAAAGAUCAUUAAAAUAAUUAAGAAGAAGACUGUUAUUGUUGAAUGUAAGGUAUUAAGUAAAUUUGCACCUUCAUGCACAUGGUUCAAGGAAUCCAGUGCAGUCAGAGAAGAUUCUAGACACACAGUAUUAAUUGAACCCCUUAGAGAGGGUGAAUUCACAGUUAAAUUAGAAAUUUCAAACAUUUCACAACAAGAUAAGGGCUCAUAUAAACUCGUUGCCAAGAACGAGAAGGGUGAGGCCACAUCCCAACAAGUCGAAAUCACUGAUAUACCAGAAGAAAAAGGCGAUAAGCCACAGAUUAUCAAACAUCUUAGAAGCUUGGCAAAGAAAGAAAACGAGGAAGCUGAAUUCAUUGCUGUCCUCAAGUCGUCCGACCAAUCGUGUCGAUGCACGUGGUACAAGAACUCCACGGUGGUCAGAGAGUCGUCAGAGCUGAACACAUCAUUUGACGGAACCAACGCUCGGCUCAUCAUCAGGAAGGUCUCCUCAAAAUACGUAGCCACGUACAAGGUGGUGAUCAAGAACGAAUUUGGAGAAGAUGAGUCCAGUGCCGAGCUUACACUUACAGAGGAAAAGAAAAAGAAAAAAGAAGAAGAAGAGGAGGAAGAAAAAACAGUGAUUGAAGAAUCAGAAGAGGAGAUGUCGAUUGUGGAAGAGAAGUCCAUCGUCGAAGAAAACCACGUAGAAGAAAAACGAAAGGAAGAAGAAUCAAGGAUGGAACAACAGAGGAAGGAAAGCCUCGCUAAGAAGACCACAAAGAAAGAAGAAAUAAAGGAAACUAAAAAAGAAGAAAUUGAGGUCUCAGCAUCAAAAACGGAAACCAAAGUUGAAGCCAAGAAAGUUGAGUCUAAGAAAAAAGAAAUUAAAAAAGCGGAAGCUGAGGCUGAAGAAGCUAAGAAAAUAAUUGAGAAGAAAACAGCCAAAACAGAAGAAGAGAAGAAGGCGCUUCUUGAGAAACUCGAGAAGAAGAAGAAGGAACCUGAACCAGAAGCUAAAAUUGAAAUUCCCAAACUAAGGUCGGUAAAACCUAAGGAAGCACCAGCUGAAGAGAAAAAAGAAGCAACUAAAAAGACUGAAAAAACUACCGAAAAGAAAACAGUAGUUAAGAAGAAGGUGGUUGCGAAAAAAGAAGAAAAGGAGGACGAAAUCGAGUUCGUCGACGAUUACGAGCGACCUGUACUGGAGAAAUAUGAAAAGAUUUCUCCAACACCACUCGCUAAAAAGCCCAAGGAAGAUGACUUGGCUAAGACAAAACGCGGUUCGAUCGCGGAAAGUGUCAAAAGUGAACAGUAUGAGAGUGAGGAGGAGGCCUCAGUCGCGGCUCCUGUUCCGGAGAAAAAGACUAAGGUUGACACUAAAGAAAAGGUCGAUGACGUCAAGCCUGAGACUAAGAGGCCGAGUAUCAAAAAGGGUCUUCCAAAACCGGAAGAACCUGUCGACGAAUUGUCUAAUAUGAAACUCACAAAGAGACCGUCUAUACAGACUGAACAAGCAGCGCCUGAACCACAGGUCGCUACUAAAUCUAAAAAACCAGCACAAAAGCCUCAACCUGAGAAGGAGUUUGUCGAUGACUACGAAAGGCCGGAACUAGAAAAGUAUGAGAAGUUUACCCCAACUCCUAGUGAAAGGGUGAAAAAACAAAAUGGCGUUGCUGAGGCUGCGCCUGAGCUCAUUGACGAUUAUGAAAAACCUGAAUUAGAAAAGCACGAAUCAUACACACGCGCUCCUAAAGAUAAGAAACCGGAAGUAACUGAGGAGCAACCCGAUAUGAUGACGGGAAAGAUCAAACCUAAAGGUCCUGAGGAUGAACCUGAAGUACCUACUCUUAGGAAACGUUCUUUCGCUAAAGAAAAGGAAGAAGAAGUAAAGCCUGAGGAAAAACCAAAGAAAAAACCAACAGACAAACCUUUGCCGGAUUCUAAGAAACGUCCUUCUCUUAAAGAGAAAGAGGUCGUGGAAGAAUUCGUAGACGAUUACGAGAGACCAGUUCUCGAAAAAUACGAAAAAAUCACACCUACACCUCUCGAGAAAAAGAAGAAGCAGGAUGACAAACAGCCUGAAGAAGAGGUUCCAUCUGCUACAGCCAUCGGCAGGCGUCGUUCUGUGAAAGGAAAAGACAAGCCUGAGCCAAUGGAAACUGACGAGAGUGUCAGUAUAUCUAAACCCAAGACACCGGCUAAGCCUGCACAGACACCUGAAGACGUAUCACUCACACACAAAACUCCAGCAGACAUCAAACCCACGGAGGACGAAGCCGAGGCUAAGCUUAAAAUUAAGAAACCAGAGGUAGUUGAGGAGAAAACACUCAAGAGACCAGCAGCCAAAACACAAAAGGGUGAGGACACUGAGGAGUCCGUCAACCUGACUCAGCCACGUACUAAAACGAGCACCACAGCCCCGGAAGAGGCAUCUCUCACACAAAAAACACCCGCAAAGAAGAAACCUACGACGGGUGCUGACGGGGCUGCACUUAAAGUCAAAAAACCAGCAGUUGCUAAAAAGGCGAAAGAAGAAGAACCUGAGGAUCCAGUACAAUUGCAAGGUGGUAAAUUUGAAAGGCCACAGCUUAAGAAAACCACGAAGAAAGCCACCGAGCAACCUAAAAAAGCCACUCUUGGAACUAAGGACAACGAGAAAGACGGGUACACACUGGACUUUGUGGAUGAUUACGAAAGGCCAGUACUGGAGAAGUAUGAGAAAGUGACUCCAACGCCGACCGUUCGAGAGAAGAAAGAAAAGGAAAUGAAGACGGCACUGGUCUUUCAACAACAGCAACUUGGAGUAAAGAUUGAUAGUCGACGUACCUCCGUACAGAGUGAGGUCAGCGAGUCUGAAAGCCGCAGAAGCUCCAUUGUGGAAAACAAGGGUCUUACAAAGCUGACGAAGGAGUCGGCUGAGAGCAGGAAGUCUUCAAUAUCGUCGAUUGCUGAACAGCAGCAGGUUACACAGAUCAAGAAGACGACGGCUCAAAGGCCCAGCAUAAAGGAGCCUGAGCCAGCAGAAUUAGACAAAAUUAAGCUCAAGGAUGGAAUUAAUGACACAUUAGAAGAAAAAGACUCAUCUGUUGAUAGGCCUACGGAACUUACACAACCCCAGCGACCAACACACACACACACGCAGGACGUGAAUACCACGGAAAUUAAACCAAGUAUAGACCAGCCUGAGGAAAACAAAUAUCCUUGGCGGCGUCCAAGCAAAACUCAGGAAACCUCGAAAGUAGAAGAAUCUAUAGAGACUACUGAUGCAAAAAGAAAAGUGUCAAUUGAUAAACCAACAGAAUCUCCUUAUCCUUGGCGUCGUCCAAGUAAACCAGAGGAUACAGUUGAGUUGGAAAAGGAAACCAAAGUAAAUGAAAUAGCGGAUACUAAACCAAUAAGUUCACAAGAGACUCCUGCAGAAUCUGUUUACCCUUGGCGUCGGCCAAGCAAACCUGAGGAACCCGAGAAACCAAAAGAAACAAAACAAGAAAUAGAGACAACAGUAGAUAAAAAAAUUACAACUGAAAAACCGACUGAAUCUCCGUCCCCUUGGAGAAGAAACGUUUUAGAGGUACCAAAAUCUACUAUAGCGACUCCCACAAAAGAGGUUCCAUUUUCAUGGCAAAGCAUUCCUGAGUUACCACAGGCUGAACAAACACCUGAUGAAGAGGACAAUUUCAAACCUACACUUGUCGAUACACCAGACCUGUUGCCUUGGAGAAGACCCGUGUCUCCGCAGGUCCCACAGGCCGAACCGACAGCUAAAAACGAUGAGCUUAAAGCACCUACACAGCCAGCUUUAGACCAGACACCUCAAACUGAAGAAGAGAAAGUGGCAAUCGAGGAAAAGAAAGUGGAAGAGGAGGCCAAAAAGGUCAAGAAAACUACUGUCAAGAAGAAGGCCGAGGACUUGCCUGAGAUUGCAGAUUACGAGAGGCCCGAACUCGAGAAAUAUGAAAAGUUCACUCCCACACCUACCACUAAAGACAAACCAGAAAAAGAUAAGCCCGCUGACAAGCCCAAGGUGCCCGAGAUCAAGGCACCAGCUGCCGAGACUUUGGCGGCGCCAAAGAUCGAGGUCAUUCGGGAGAAGUCUCCGAGAAAACCUUCCCUCGCACCGGCACCAGCGAGCAGGAGAGGUUCCCUCAUCCCUCCACCAGAGGAGAUGGGUAGACGACCUUCCUUGAUUAUUAGCGACGAGGAGCAUAGAAAACUAAGACCCGGUGAGGUGGUCGAAGAAAAAAAGGUCACCAAAUUGCGUCCUGGAGAAGUUUUAGACGACAAAAAGAGACGCAAGUCCGGCGACGCCAGAAGGCCGUCCGUCCAGGAUCUGGAGGACCUCAUCAACAAGCCUUCAGUGCCGCUGAAGCCUUCCGGCAAUGAGGGGCCUCCCGUCAUCGUGGACUUCCAGGAGAGCAAUUCUGCUAUUGAAGAGGAGACUGGCUACCUCACGGUCCAAGUGGAGGGCAACCCCCCGCCCACCUUCAAGUUCUACAAGGGGGUGACGGAGAUCAUCGAGGGCGGGCGCUUCAAGUACAUCACCGAUGGUGAAAACGGCCUCAUCACCCUGUGCAUGAGGAAGGUCAAGCCUAAUGAUGAGGGGAAAUACAGGGUCGUGGUGUCCAACAUCCACGGCGAAGACUCCGCGGAGAUGCAGCUUUAUGUGUCCGAUUCCAGUGGAAUGGACUUCCGUGCUAUGCUCAAAAAGAGAAAGUACGCAAAAUGGGGUGAAAAGAAAGAGGAAAUAGACACGACACUGAAGGAGGUCGAAAAACCAGUACCAGCACUCAAAAAAGUGGAAAGGAAACAAGAGUCGUUCUUGAAACCUCUGGUAGACCAAUUUGCCAAGGAAGGCAAGGAUAAGAAGGUGGUGUUUGAAGCCAACUUCUCCAAGCCUAAUGCAAAACCAAAGUGGUUCUUCCGCAAAGAUGAAUUAUUCCCAGGAUCCAAAUACAAGAUGCAGAACGAGCAAGACUCGUACAAACUCAUCAUCUACAACCCGAAGGUCGAAGAUACGGGCAAGAUCACAAUCGAGAUCGGUGGCGUGACCUGCACAGCCUUCUUGCAAGUCGAGGAACCCGACCCGAGCUACACCUUCACUAAACACCUGAAGAAGGUCACAAGUGGUUACACCAAACACGAAACUUUAUUAGAAUGCGCUGUCAGCAAUAGCCUUGCUAUUGUCUCAUGGUGGAAGGGAGACGAGAAACUGGAAGAUGGAGAAGACUUCCAGAUUACGAAGGAACUGUCUGGUGCUUGCAAGCUUCUCAUUAAGAACUCCAAGUUGGAGGACUCCGGCAAAUACAGGUGUCAGAUCGAGAAGCAACCUGAAAAGUCGGAGACGGAAGUGAAGAUUAUCGAGUACCCGUACAAGUUCACCAAAGUGCUUAAAUCUCAACAAGCCACCGAGAAAGACAACAUCACGCUGCUCUGUGAGCUAGACGAUGCAGGUGGCGAUGUUGAAUGGUUUAAGAACGGCGAGCCAGUGAAACCUGACAAGCGCAUAUCCAUAGUGAAGGAUGGUCGCAAGCGCAAGAUCGUCAUCAAGGAUGCAAAGGUCACCGACGCCGGCGCCUACAAGUGCGUCAGCAACGCCGAUGAGACUGCGUGCGAGCUGAUCGUCAAUUACUCGAAUCGCUUCAACAAGAAGUUGAAGGACACCGAAGCAAUUGAGAGGGACAAGGUUGUUCUUGAAGUGGAACUUCAGGACCAGACCGCGGAAGCUGUUUGGUCUUUCAAUGGACAACCUAUUGUGCCCAGUGAUAGAAUCGAAAUAAAGAAUCUUGGUGGAGGCAAACACCAGCUCAUCUUCAACAAGCUGGAGAUGGAAGACGACGGUGAGAUCCUGUGUGAGUCCGGAAAGCUCAGCUCUUCCUGCAAGUUGACCGUGAAGAAAGGCGAGUCGAAACCCGCUAUCGAGAGCCCAGAGGAAUUCAAUGGACCUGCUGGGCAGCCGUUUGUCAUUGAGGUGCCUUACAAAAUUACCGGCACCCGAGUAUCGCCAAUCGAAGCGAAGUUGUUCAAGGACGGCAAAGCGCUGCCAAUCAAAGAGGUGGAAGCUGUCGUUGAGCAGGAGAAGGUCCUGUUCAAGAUCAAGAAGCCGACCCGCGAGGGAACCGGCAUUUACCAGAUCAAGCUGUCCAACGCACAGGGAGAGGACUCCAAGGAUGUCACCAUCAACAUGCAGAGUGUGCCGACGCCUCCUCAGGAUGUGGAGGUCGCGGAGGUGUUCCAGACCUCAUGUGUCGUCACAUGGAAGGCGCCGCAAGAUGACGGUGGUUCAGGAAUCAUCAAAUACGUCAUUGAGCGCCAGGACUUAUCUCUCAAAGCUGGCUGGGACAAUGUGGGAGAGGUGGCUUUUGGUCAGCCAUUGAAACACAAGGUUGAAGACCUUGUGGCGAAGAAGACGUACAAGUUCAGGAUCCGGGCCGUCAACAAGAUUGGCUCCAGUGAGCCUGGACUGUUCGGCAAGCCCGUGCUGGCUAAAGAUCCUUGGGAUGAACCAUCGAAGCCCAAGAACGUCGAGCUCACAGAUUGGGACAAGGACCACGCGGACCUCAAAUGGCAGAAGCCAGACAACGACGGUGGAGCACCGAUCACGGGCUACGUCAUCGAAUACAAGGAGAAGUUCGGCAAAGACUGGGUGAAGGGCAAGGAGGUACCUGGAGACUGCCUGUCUGCGACUCAGGAUGGCCUCAAGGAGGGAGGCACUUACGAGUUCAGAGUCAGGGCUAUCAACAGGGCCGGUCCUGGUGAACCCAGCGACACCACUAAGCCUAUUGUUGCUAAGUGCAGAUUCGUCAAGCCGUUCAUUGUGGGCGAUGGUCUUCAGAACCUGAUCGUGAAGAAGGGCCAGGUCAUCACAUACGACAUCAAGUACGGUGGUGAGCCUGAACCUGAAGUCAAAUGGAUCAGGGGCGAAGAGGAAAUCCGCGACGAUGGUGAACGCAUCACCAUAGACAAGUAUGAGAAGAACACUGUCCUGAAUGUGAGGAAGACCACUCGCCCGGACAGUGGCAAGUACAAGCUGGUGCUGACCAACUCCUCGGGAACCUGCGAGAGCGUCGCCGACGUUGUUGUGCUUGACAAGCCGAACCGUCCGAAUGGCCCCAUUGAGGUGGUGGACGUUCGCGCCGAGAAGGCCACAGUCAAGUGGAAGAAGCCCGACGACUGGGAGGGAUCCGACAUCACCGGCUACACACUCGAGAAGAUGGACCAGGACACCGGUAACUGGGUGCCUUGUGGCGAGACUGGGCCUGAGCCGACAGAAUGCGUGGUCAAGGGGCUGACUCCUAACCACAAAUACAAGUUCCGAGUUCGCGCCAUCAACAAGGAGGGCGAGUCGGAGCCACUGGAAACAGACACCUUCAUACUGGCUAAGAACCCAUACGAUCCGCCCAAGCCGCCCAGCAAGCCGGUCAUCGUGGACUACGACAACAUGUCCGUGUCGCUGCAGUGGGAGCCCCCGAAGGACGAUGGAGGCCGGCCCAUCCUCGGAUAUGUGGUCGAGAUGAAAGACAAGUUCUCACCUGACUGGAUUGAGGUGGUGAAGACAAACGACACAAAGACGGAGUACAAGGUGGAGGGGCUGAAGGAGAAGAUGGUGUACCAGUUCCGCGUGAAGGCACACAACAAGGCGGGCGUGGGCGAGGCCUCGCAGCCCACCGACAACCACCUGUGCAAGCAUAGGAACUUGAAACCCCGCAUUGAGCGCAGCACAUUCAAGUCUGUGAUCAUCAAGGCGGGCCGCACGCACAAGUGGUCGGUGGACGUCAUCGGAGAACCCCCACCAGACUGCAUGUGGUCAUGGCGCGAGAACAUAAAGCUAGUCUCCACAGAGCGCAUCAAGAUAGAGAACAAGGAGUACCACACAGACUUCACGAUCGUGAACGCCGUGCGCAGAGACACCGGCAAGUACAAGCUGCGGGCAGAGAACUGCAACGGGUUUGAUGAGGAGACCGUCGAGCUGACGGUGCUGAGCAAGCCGUCUGCGCCUAAAGGACCUCUGGAAGUAUCAGACGUGCACGCGGAAGGCUGCAAGGUGCGCUGGGAGAAGCCCGAGGACGAUGGAGGAUCUCCCAUUAAGGAGUACGAGUUGGAGAAGAUGGACAUGCAGACCGGGAAGUGGGUCAGGGUUGGCAGAGUGGCGGGCGACAAGAAGCCCCUCGAGAUGGAAGUGACGGGUCUCGAGCCAGGUCACCAGUACAAGUUCCGCGUGACGGCAUGCAACGACGAGGGAGACUCGGAGCCGCUCGAGACUGAGAAGGCUAUGCUGGCUAAGAAUCCUUUCGAUAUCUCAGACAAGCCCGGAAACGUCGAAGUGGCGGACCACGACAACCAGAGUGCGGACAUCAAGUGGGACCCCCCCAAGUCGGACGGUGGCGCCCCCAUACAGAAGUACAUUAUACAGAAGCGGCCUAAGGGCGCUACUGAUUGGGAGAAUGCUCUUGAGGUGCCCGGCACGGCCACCACCGGCAAGGUGGAAGGCUUACCUGAGGGAAGCGAGUACCAGUUCAGGGUCAUCGCCGUCAACAAGGCCGGUCCUUCGGAGCCGUCUGACGCUACCAAGAUGACCAUGAUCAGGCAUAAGGCUUUGAAGCCCCGCAUCGACCGCACCAACCUGAAGGCAGUAGUAGUGCGAGCCGGCAAGCCGGUGUUCUUCGACGUGAACGUGAAGGGAGAGCCCGCGCCCACCGUGCAGUGGUUCCAGAAGUGGAAGGCUGAGGAGAAGGAGGUGAAAGAAAACGUCCACAACGUAGACUACAACACCAAACUAGACAUCAAACAAACAGUGCGCGCACAAACUGGCACCUACCGCAUCCUGGCCACCAACCAACACGGCACAGACGAGGCUGAAGUCGAGGUGACAGUGCUGUCGUCACCUGGCAAGCCGAUGGGCCCGCUCAAGGUGACAGAUGUCACUAAGAGCGGCUGCAAGCUGGCUUGGAAGAAGCCUGAGGAUGAUGGCGGCAAGCCAGUGACCGGCUACGUAGUAGAAAAACUCAACAAGGCGACCGGCCGCUGGGUGCCAGUGGGCAAGUGCACCGACCCAGAGAUGGAGGUGAAGGGACUACAAGAAGGCGAGGAGUAUGAGUUCAGGGUGAAGGCUGUCAAUGAUGAGGGAGAGUCGGAGCCGCUGGUUACCGACCACUCGAUCAUUGCUAAGAACCCUUACGACCCACCAGGCAAACCUUCUGUCCCGGUCAUCGACGACUGGGACGAGAACCGAGUGGACCUGGUGUGGGAGGCCCCCAAGAACAACGGUGGGGCGCCCAUCACCGGCUACAUUGUCGAGAAGAAGGAGAAGUUCGGCUCUUGGCAAGAGGCGCUGGUUACUACGACCCCAGAAUGCAAGGGCCGCGUGCCAGACCUGAAGGAAGGCAACACAUACCAGUUCCGAGUGAAGGCGGUCAACAAGGCCGGCCCCGGCGAGCCCAGCGAGCCCACCGCGCCGCAUCUAGCCAAGGCUAGGUUCUUGAAGCCGCUCAUCAACCGAGACAAGAUGUGUGCGGUGCGCGUGCGCGCCGGCACCACCAUCAAACUGGACGUGGACAUCAAGGGUGAGCCGCCACCGACCAAGACUUGGAUCUUUAACAACAAGCCGGUAGAAACAGGCGCCGGCCACAAGCUCGAGAACGAGGACUACAACACCAAGCUCACGAUGACCGAGACCUCGUGGGCCAACUCCGGAGUAUACACCCUGAAGGCGGUCAACGAAGUCGGUAGUGACGAGGCCACUGUGGAGAUUAUUGUUCUGGACAAGCCAGGCAAGCCGGAAGGCCCGCUAGAGGUCUCUGACAUCCACGCAGACCACGUCAAGCUGGCCUGGAAGAAGCCCAAGCACACUGGUGGGUUGCCCCUCAGUGCGUUCGUUAUUGAGAAGAUGGACGUGCUCACUGGGAAGUGGGUGCCGGCUGGCACUGUGGACCCGGAUAAAUUGGAGGCUACAGUUACUGGUCUAGAACCCCUCCACACGUACCAGUUCAGGGUGAAGGCUCUGAACGAGGAGGGUGAAUCUGAACCGCUAGACACAGACCACGGCAUCCUGGCCAAGAACCCGUAUGAUGUGCCGUGCCCACCAGGUCUGCCCGACAUCGUGGAUUGGGACGAGAAGAUGGCCAAGCUGAAGUGGGAGCCCCCCAUCAGGGACAACGGAGCCCCCAUCACCGGAUACAUCAUCGAGGUCAUGGAUAGGGACCGCGGCGAGUUUGUUAAGGCGGUCGAGAUCCAAGGCAAUAUCUGCCAAGGCGUAGUACCUAAACUUGAGGAGGGAAGCCAGUACCAGUUCCGCGUCAGGGCCGUCAACAAGGCGGGACAGUCGGAGCCGUCCGAGAACACCAACUGGCACACGGCUAAGCCGAGAUUCUUGAAACCUCGCAUCGACCGCACAAACCUCAACCCGGUGACGGUGAAGGCUGGUCUGCCGGUCUCCCUGGACGUCAAGGUCUUCGGAGAACCACCAGCUACCGUCACUUGGUUCUUUAAGGAUCAGGAGCUGAAGACAGGCGAGAACCUGGAGAUCGUGAACAUCGACUACAACACCAAGUUCCUGAUGACGAAGAGCAAGCGCGCCAGCAGCGGCCGCUACGUCAUCCGCGCCAAGAACGAGGUCGGAGAGGACGAGGCUGAAGUGGACAUUACUAUACUCGGCAAGCCAUCCAAGCCGCAAGGACCUCUGGAAGUGGCCGACAUCACCAAGAACGGAUGCACACUGUCGUGGAAGAAACCGGAGGACGACGGAGGAUCCCCUAUUGAAUACUACGAGAUCGAGAAGUUGGACCCUCUUACUGGUCAAUGGAUCCCAUGCGGCACGGCCAAGGACUGCACAGCGCACGUGACGGGGCUGUCCGAGGGGAAGCCCUACAAGUUCCGCGUGAAGGCCGUCAACAAGGAGGGCGAGUCUGAGGAACUGGAGACGGAGAAGCCGAUCAUUGCCAAGAAUCCCUUCGACGAGCCUGGCAAGCCAGGCCGCCCAGAGCCGAGGAACUGGGACAAGGACUUCGUGGAGCUGGAGUGGAGCCCGCCCAAGAGCGACGGCGGCGCGCCCAUCACCGGCUACGUGGUUCAGAAGAGGGAGAAGGGCGGACGUUCUUGGACCGACUGCCUCAAGACAUCCGGCGACCGUCCGACCGGGCGCGUGACGGAUGUCGAGCCGGGUCUCGAGUACGAGUUCCGGGUGAUGGCUGUCAACAAGGCGGGCCCGGGCGAGCCCAGCGACCCGUCGAGACCUGUCAUUACUAAGCCUAGAUUCUUGAAGCCGAAGAUCGACCGCAAGUACCUCCAAAGCCGCAAGGUCAAGGUCGGCACCGCUCUGAAGCUGGAGGCCGACGUGCAGGGAGAGCCGGAGCCCAAGAUCACCUGGACUCUCAACUCCAAGACGCUGAGCAGUGACGCUAGAUUGGUUAUUGAAAACAAGGACUACCACACGUCGUUCGCGCUCCAACAGCUGACCAGAGCUGACAGUGGCAAGUACAUCGUGACUGCGAACAACGACUCUGGCACGGACACCGUGGAGAUCGACAUCCAGGUCGUCAGCACGCCGUCCAAGCCUAAGGGACCACUUAAGGUGUCCGACGUGAAGGCAGACGGCUGCAAGUUGAAGUGGGAGCCGCCUGAAGACGAUGGCGGCGUGCCAGUCGAGAGUUACGUCGUCGAACGUAUGGACACAGACUCUGGACGAUGGGUGCCGGUAUGCACAACCAAGGUGCCAGAAGCGGAUGUGACAGGCCUGAACGAGGGCAAAGACUACAUGUUCCGAGUGAAGGCAGUGAACCCUGAGGGAGAGAGUGAGCCGCUAGUGACGGAUACUGCUACUACGGCUAAGAAUCCUUACGGCGAACCCGACCCGCCAGGCAAGCCCGAGUUCAAGGACUGGAGCAAGGAGCACGCGGACCUCAAGUGGGAGAAGCCGGCCAGCGACGGUGGCGCCCCCAUCACCGGCUACAUUGUGGAGAAGAAGGACCGGGACACCGGGAAGUGGGUGAAGGCUGCCGAGGUGACCGGCAACAAAUGCGAGGCUCGCGUGCCGGACCUCAUCGAAGGCAAGACCUACCAGUUCCGAGUGAAGGCGGUCAACAAGGCAGGCCCCAGCAAGCCGUCUACCGCGUCUGAGAGCCUGCUGGCUAAGGACCGGUUUGCGGCGCCUAAGAUCGACCGCACCAACAUGCGCGACAUCACGAUCAAGGCCGGACAGAACAUCCGCCUCGACAUCAAGGUGUCGGGUGAGCCGCCGCCGACCAAGACUUGGUUCCACAACAAAGAGCGUCUAUCCACGCGCGACGACCUAACAGUAGACGCAGAAGACUACAAGACGAAAUUAUCAGUGAUCAUAGCGGCCAGGAAACACUCUGGCACAUACACACUGAAGGCUGAGAACAGCAGUGGCAAGGAUGAAGCGACCAUUCAAGUGAAUGUGCUGGAUGUGCCGGCCAAACCUGAGGGACCGCUUAAGAUCUCAGACGUCCACAAAGAAGGCUGCACCCUCAAAUGGAACCCGCCGCUAGACGACGGUGGCGCCCCCAUCGACCACUACCUCGUCGAGAAGCUCGACACAGAGACCGGAAGAUGGCUGCCAGCCAUGAAGACCAAAGACCCCAAGGCAGAGAUCGAGAACUUGGUGCCAGGACAUGAGUACAAGUUCAGAGUGUCUGCGGUUAAUAAUGAAGGCGUUUCGGAGCCGUUGGAAGCGGAUCACUCGAUUAUUGCUAAGAAUCCGUUCGACGAGCCCGGCAAGCCCGGAACACCAGAAAUCGUGGACUGGGACCGCGACCACGUGGACCUCAAGUGGGACAAGCCCAUCAGCGACGGUGGCGCCCCCAUCACCGGCUAUGUCAUAGAGAAGCGCGAGGUCGGCUCCAACAAGUGGGUCAAGGCUUGUGAGGUUAGUGCCUCCCAAUGUAAGGCGACAGUACCGAACCUGGACGAGGGCACAGAGUACGAGUUCCGAGUGAAGGCGGUGAACGAGGCCGGCCCGGGCGAGCCCAGCGACGCCAGCAAGGCCGUCGUGUGCAAGCCACGCAGAUUGGCCCCACGCAUCGACCGUCGCAACCUGCGCACGAUCAAGGUGCGCGAGGGCGAGCCCAUCAGCCUGGACGUGAAGGUUUCAGGGGAGCCUGCACCAGAUGUUAGCUGGACGCUCAACGGAAAGAGUGUGAGCAGCGGCACUGGACUCAAGUUGAUAAACAUUCCAUACAUGACGAAGUACCAGCACGCGAACCCGCGCCGCAAGGACUCGGGCACGUACAAGAUACAGGCCGUCAACAAGUACGGACAGGACACGGCUGAGCUGGAGAUCAUCGUUACUUCCAAACCCGAGAAACCAGAAGGUCCUCUCGAAGUAUCAGACAUCCACAAAGACGGUUGCACGCUCAAGUGGAAGCGUCCUAAAGACGACGGCGGCGAACCCAUCGAAGCCUACCUGGUGGAGAAGUUCGACCCCGAGACAGGCUCCUGGAUGCCGGUUGGCAAGACGCUGGGCAAUGUGCCUGAGAUGGAGGUUGACGGCCUAAUCCCCGGGCACGAGUACAAGUUCCGCGUGAAGGCGCUCAACAAGGAGGGCGAGUCCGAGCCGCUUGAGACCUUCGGAUCCAUCAUUGCUAAGGAUCCGUUCACGGUUCCCGACGCGCCCUCGGCCCCCGUGCCCGACGACUGGUCGGCCAGCCACGUGGACCUCAAGUGGGAGGCGCCGCUAUCAGACGGCGGGUCUCCCAUCAUUGGCUACAUCGUGGAGAAGAAGGACAAGUACUCGCCGCUUUGGGAGAAGGCUGUUGAGACGCACACGCCAACGGCCGCUGCUACGGUUAAUGGCCUAAUCGAAGGCAACGAGUACCAAUUCCGAGUCAUCGCCAUCAACAAGGCCGGCCAGAGCAAGCCUUCCGACGCCAGCAAGACCUUCGUGGCCAAGCCCCGCUUCCUGGCGCCCAAGAUCGACCGGCGGCACCUGCGUGACGUCACCAUCUCGUCGGGCUCCACGCUGAAGAUGGAGGCUGCCGUGAGCGGAGAGCCAGCUCCGGCGGUGGAAUGGAGAUACCAGAACAUGCCGCUCCGCCCGUCCAAGGCGGUCACCAUCGACAGUCCGGACUACUUCACCAAGAUCAUCAUCCGUCCGGCCAGACGCGAGGACUCCGGUGAAUACACCGUGACAGCUGUCAACAGUAGUGGCAAGGAUACGGUGACAAUUACUGUCUUAGUGACAGAUAAGCCGACACCGCCGGAGGGACCUAUUCAGAUCUCGGACGUGCACAAAGAGGGCGCCACGCUCAAGUGGAAGAGGCCCAAGGACGACGGUGGCGCCCCCAUCGAGUACUACCAGGUGGACAAGCUGGACACGGAGACCGGCUGCUGGGUGCCCUGCGCGCGCUCUAAGGAGCCUAAAUGCGACGUAGUGGGCCUGACCCCCGGCAAGGAGUACCGGUUCAGGGUCUCCGCGGUCAACUCGGAGGGAGAGUCGGAGCCUCUGACCUCGGAGGAGAAGAUCAUCGCGAAGAAUCCCUUCGAUGUGCCUGGCGCCCCCGGAACGCCCAGCGUCACCGACUGGGACAAGGACCACGUGGACCUCAAGUGGGCCCCCCCACGAGACGACGGUGGCGCCCCCAUCGAGGCCUACGUCGUGGAGAAGAAGGACAAGUUCGGCGAGUGGGAGAAGGCGGUUGAGGUCCCGGCUGGGACCACGACGGCUACUGUGCCGGACCUGAUUGAGGGACAGACUUAUGAGUUCAGAGUCCGUGGAGUAAACAAGGCGGGUCUCGGCGAGCCCAGCGAGAGCACGCACCCGAUCGUGGCGAAGGCCCGCAACCUGGCGCCCAAGAUCGACCGCACCAACCUCGUCGAUGUCAAGAUCAAGGUCGGACAGAAGUUCGGCUUCGAUGUUAAGGUGACCGGAGAGCCGAUGCCAGAAACCAAGUGGUACCUGGCCAAGCGUGAAGUCAAAACCGGCGGCGAGAUCAAAGUGCAACACACAGACUACAACACCAAGAUGUUGUGCAAGAUUGCCACUCGAGCUGACAGUGGCACCUACACGGUGACAGCUGAGAAUUGCAAUGGGAAGGAUAUGGCGGAUGUCAGGGUGACGGUGUUGAGCCCGCCCAGCCCGCCUAAUGGACCUCUGAAGGUAUCAGACGUCCACGCCAACGGCGCCAAGCUCUCCUGGUCCCCGCCCUCAGACGACGGAGGUCAGCCGAUAGACAAAUACAUCGUCGAACGUAUGGACGAGGCCACCGGCCGAUGGGUCACGGCGGGAGAGACCGACGGGCCCACCACCAACUUGGCAGUCGAUGGGUUAACGCCCGGACAUAAGUACAAGUUUAGGGUGCGGGCGGUUAACAGACAAGGCAAGUCGGAGCCGCUGACGACGCCACACGCUACCGAAGCGAAGAACCCCUACGACGUGGCUGGACAACCAGGCACGCCCAAGAUCAAGGACUUUGACAGGGACUUCGUGGUGCUGGACUGGACGCGUCCAGAGAGCGACGGUGGCUCCCCCAUCACUGGCUACGUGGUGGAGAAGAAGGACCGCUUCUCGCCUGAUUGGGAGGAGUGUGCUAUGAUCGACGGCGACGUAACAUCAGGCAAGGUGCCGGAUCUGAUCGAAGGCAACACGUACGAGUUCCGCGUGCGAGCCGUCAACAAGGCGGGCAAGGGCAUACCUUCAGACUCCACCGGACCUCAUCUGGCCAGGCCCAAGAACCUGGCGCCCAAGAUCGACAGGAACUUCAUGUUCAACAUCAAGAUCAAGGCCGGACAGAACUUCGAGCUCGAAGUACCAGUCGCAGGCGAACCCACUCCGACCAAGGAAUGGACCCAUGGAGACAAUGUUGUCAUCAACACAGACAGGGUCAAAAUCGUCAAUGACGCACACGGAACUAAGUUCAGGGUCGUUGAUGCUAAGAGAUCUGACGCUGGAAGCUACACGCUUAAAGCCAAGAACAUUAAUGGUAUUGAUACAGCGACUGUCAAGGUUGUGGUGCUAGAUGUGCCACUACCGCCCGAAGGUCCACUUAGAGCGGAUGACAUCACAAGGUCAGGAUGCACUCUCAGAUGGAAGCCGCCUAAGGACGACGGUGGCAGCGAAAUCUCACACUACCUGGUCGAAAAGAUGGACCAGGAGAACAUGAGGUGGGUGCCGGCCGGCGAAGUCCAGGCCUGCAACAUCAGAAUCGACCACUUGAUCGAGGGACACGACUACAACUUCAGAGUGAAGGCCGUCAACAAGCAGGGCGAGUCUCAGCCGCUGAUUGGCCACGAGCCCGUCACGGCUAAGGACCCCUACGGCACGCCAGACAAACCUGGGACCCCAGUGGUUAAAGACUGGGACAAAGACCACAUGGACAUCCAAUGGGUGCCGCCGAAGAAAGACGGAGGAUCGCCCAUCACUGGAUACAUUAUUGAAGCGAAGAAACGCUACGGUCCUUGGGAGACCGCUGCCACGGUACCAGGCAACCAGACCACCGCCACCGUCAACGGACUUACUGAAGGAGAGGAGUAUGAAUUCAGAGUCAUUGCGGUUAACAAAGCCGGCAAUGGAGAGCCAAGCGACGCGUCGACGCCGCAAGUCGCUAAAGCGCGAUUCUGCGUGCCACACUUCGACAAAAUGCUCCUUUGCGACAAGACUGUCAAGGCAGGACAGAGGAUCCAGUACGAGAUCCCGAUAGAAGCAUCCCCGAAGCCGACAGUCGAGUGGCAGAUCAACGGCAAAGUGGUCCACCCGACGGAAAGACUCGACAUUCAGAUCCUACACAACAGGGUCAUACUAGACAUUCCAUUCUCGACCAGGGCCGACGGAGGCGUGUACAAACUGACCCUCAAGAACGACCUGGGAGUAUGCUCAGGCGCAGCUCAAGUCACCGUCCUAGACAAGCCUUCGAGGCCGGAGAAACCUCUGGUUGUGUCCGACAUUACAAAGGACUCUUGUUCGCUAUCAUGGAAGGUGCCACUGGACGACGGUGGAUCACCAAUUUUACAUUACGUUAUUGAGAAGAUGGAUCUGUCCAGAGGAACCUGGUCUGAUGCUGGUAUGAGCACAUACCUGUCACACCAAGUGACGAGGCUUAUUCACAUGAAGGAAUACCUAUUCAGAGUGUCCGCAGUGAAUGCGAUCGGCCAAUCAGAGCCGCUUGAGCUCGGUAAAUCGAUCAUUGCGAAGAACGAAUUCGACGAGCCGUCUUCUCCAGGCAAGCCUGAGGCUACGGACUGGAGCAAGAACCAUGUGGACCUACAAUGGACCACGCCGAAGUCCGACGGAGGAUCGCCUAUCACUGGUUACAUCAUCCAGAAGAAGGAGAAGGGAAGCCCAUACUGGGUGAACGCCGUUCAUGUACCACCUGGCAAGAACAAGGCUACAGUGCCAGACUUAACUGAAGGACAAGACUAUGAGUUCAGAGUGAUUGCCGUCAACAAGGCCGGACAGUCGGAACCUUCUGAGCCAUCAGACAUCAUCACUUGCAAGGACAGAUUCGUGGCGCCGAAGAUCCUUACGCCGCUUCACGAGAUCAGAAUCAAGGCUGGUCUCAUCUUCCAUUUGGAUGUCAACUUCAUCGGAGAACCAUUCCCUGAAGUCGCCUGGACUUGCGACGGUAAACCUGUGCUUACUAACGAGAGAACAACAGUCACGUCUGUUGGGCAUCACACUAUUAUUCACACGGUUAACUGCAAGAGGACCGAUGCUGGUUCCUACAGGCUAUCUCUGAAGAACGACUCAGGAUCUGAUGAGGGAAGCUUCGACUUGAUUGUCCUAGAUGUACCUGGACCGCCACAGGCACCGUUUGAAUACGAAGAGAUUACUGCGCAAUCGGUCACGUUGUCAUGGAAACCGCCUAAGGACAAUGGCGGCAGUGAACUGACAGCCUACGUCAUUGAGAAGCGAGACCUGACACACGGAGGCGGAUGGGUCCCGGCCGUUACCUACAUCAAUCCUAAGUUCAACCACGCAACAGUGCCGCGAUUGGCUGAAGGAAACAAGUACGAAUUCAGAGUGUUCGCUGAAAACUUACAGGGACGCUCUGAGCCUCUGGUUAUCGACAAACCAGUGGUUGCAAGGAACCAAUACACGGCUCCGGGCAAACCUGGCAAGCCAGAGCUGGUUUCAGCCGACAAAGACCACAUUAAGAUCAGAUGGUCACCGCCUAUCUCGAACGGAGGAUCCAACAUCAUCGGAUACGACAUCGAACGACGAGACAAGGCCACCGGCAGAUGGAUCAAACUUAACAAGGAUCCCGUCAGGAACAACGAGUAUGAAGACGAGAGGGUACAGGAAGGUCAUCAGUACGAAUACAGGGUGUCCGCAGUCAACGCGGCCGGCCCCGGACAGCCUUCCGACCCGUCCAACGUAUUCGUGGCUAAGCCAAUGAAGGAAAAGCCGAAACUGUACCUCGACCACCUCAUUGGUCGCAAGAUCAAGGUCAGAGCCGGAGAACCAAUCAACGUUAACAUUCCAAUCACUGGUGCGCCGACGCCAACCAUCUCCUGGACCAAGGGCUCGAUUUCCCUGCUGCCGUCGCACAGACUGUCGCAGGAAACUAAGAACGAUGAGCACAAACUAUCCAUCGAGAAAUCGACCAGAGAUGACGCAGGAACCUACACGAUUACUGCCACCAACGCUCACGGACGUGACUCGGCCAACAUCGAAGUCAUCGUGGUCGACAAGCCGGGACCGCCUAAAGGACCUCUUGUCCCCACUCCCGUCACUCACGACUCCAUCAGCCUCACCUGGCACCCGCCCACAGACGACGGUGGCAGUGAGAUCACCGGCUACGUCGUCGAAGUGGCAGAGUUCGGAGUCAACGACUGGCGAACUGUCGCCGGCUACUGCCCUAAAUGCUCCUUCACUGUCAAGAACCUUACCGAAGGAAAGAAAUACGUGUUUAGAGUACGCGCUGAGAACCUCUACGGAGUUUCCGAGCCUUUGGAGAGCAAGCCGACGCUUGCCAAGUCGCCAUUCGACCCGCCAGAUGCGCCAGACACGCCAAGGAUUGCUGGCUACAGCGCCAACACUUGUGCUCUCGAAUGGGAGCCUCCCAAGAACUGCGGAGGCAAACCAGUCACCGGCUACUACGUCGAGAAGAGGGAGAGAGGCGGCGAAUGGGUGAAGAUCAACAACUACCCCACGCCAAACACAUGCUACACAGUGCAAGACCUGAGGGAAGGAAACAAAUACGAAUUCAGAGUUAUUGCCGUCAACGAGGCCGGACCUGGUAAACCCAGCAAGCCUACUGAACCAAUCACAGCGCAGCUGCAACGAUACAAGCCCAGCACGCCUGAGGCGCCUAAACCAGACCGAGUCACCAAGGACUCUGUCACACUAUCCUGGAGGCCGCCCAAGAGCGAUGGCGGAGCAAAGAUCAAGGGAUACAUCAUCCAACAGAAAGGCAAGGGCGAGAAAGACUGGAAGGACGUCAAUGACCUACCCAUUACCGGCCUCGUUCACACUAUUCCUAAACUCAAGGAGGGUGACGAGUACCAGUUCAGGAUUAUCGCCGUGAAUGACGUCGGCAGAUCCGACCCGAGCAAGCCUACUCCUGACGUCAAGAUUGUCGAACAAGCCGACAAGCCAACCAUGGACCUUGGAGGCGUCAGAGACAUCACAGUCAGGGCCGGAGAAGACUUCUCCAUCCACGUGCCAUACAGUGGAUUCCCUGAGCCGACCGCCACGUGGUUCGCUGAAGACAAUCUGCUGGAUGUCAAGGGAGACACCAGAAUGUUCCAGAAGAUCACUCAUGACUCGGCCUCGCUGGUCGUCAAGAACGCAAAGAGGACCGACGCUGGGCAAUACCGCUUGCAACUACGCAAUGCGUCUGGCUACGACACGGCUACCAUCAAUGUGCGUGUCCUGGACAGACCGGCUAAGCCUGAAAACCUACGAGCUGACGAGUUCGAAGGUGAAGCCCUCACGCUGUACUGGAACCCGCCGAAAGACAACGGAGGCGGCGAAAUCACCAACUACGUCGUCGAGAAACGCGAAGCCAGAACACCAAACUGGACCAAGGUAUCCGGCUACGUCACGACGCCGUUCCUGCGCGUGAAGAACUUGAACGUAGGCAGGGAUUACGACUUCAGAGUGAUGGCUGAGAACCAAUACGGACAGUCGGACCCGGCGCAAACCUCAGAGCCAAUCAAGGCCAGACAUCCAUUCGACCCACCCGCUGCGCCCGGCGCGCCUAGGGCCGUCGAAACCACUGAAUCUUCCAUCACACUCACCUGGACUAAACCACGUCACGACGGCGGAUCACCGAUAACCGGCUACAUCAUCGAGAAGCGACUGAUAACCGAAGACAAGUGGACUAAAGCGUCGCACGCACACAUUCCCGACACCACUUACAAAGUGACAGGGUUGAUUGAGAACCACGAAUACGAGUUCAGGGUUUCAGCGGUGAAUGCGGCAGGUCAAGGCCCGUACUCACAAAGCUCGGACGCUAUCAGGGCUACCGCUGCACCAAACAGUCCCAAGAUCACUUCGGACCUCAGCCUGAGGGAUAUCACGGUGAUCGCUGGUGAAGAGAUCAAGAUCACUGUGCCGUUUACUGGCAACCCUAGGCCUAAGGUAUCCUGGCUCAUAAACAACGUGGAAGUAUUCCCGGACAGCCGGCUCCGGUUCGUGACGUCCGACAUCGACACGGUGUUCCACAACUCGUCGGCCAAGCGAUCCGAUUCCGGAUCGUACACGAUACAGCUGAUCAACAGCGAGGGAUCUGACAGUGGAAGCUGCAGGGUGCUAGUAGUAGACCGUCCAUCGCCGCCGCAAGGCCCGAUGGAGGCGACAGACAUCACGCCUGACACCUGCACGUUGUCAUGGAAACCACCGCUGGACGAUGGUGGAUCGCCCAUCACCAACUAUGUGGUGGAGAAGAUGGAUAACAUGGGCGUAUGGACAAAGAUAUCCUCAUUCGUGCGCAACUGCCACUACAACGUGAUGGGUCUCGAGCCCAACCGCCAGUACACGUUCCGCGCACGCGCCGAGAACCAGUACGGCGUGUCCGACCCGCUCACCAUGGACGAUAGUAUUACUGCUAAGUUCGCCUUCACGAUCCCCGACGCCCCCGGCGCCCCCCGAGUCACGGAAUGGGACGGAUCCUCGGCGACCCUCGUGUGGGACCGGCCCCGGUCCGACGGCGGCGCCAGGAUACAGGGCUACAAGCUCGAGUUCAGAGACGUGCAAGAUGGCACGUGGACUGGUGCUGACUAUCUGGUCAAGGAUUGCCAGUAUUUGGCUUACAACCUGGAAGCAGGUCACGAGUACGAGUUCAGAGUGCGUGCCAAGAACGCUGCAGGUUUCAGCAAGUACUCGGCUUCAUCACAGAAGUUCAGGGUGAAGCCGCGCCACGCGCCGCCCGGGCCGCCGCGCGCGCCCAGAGUCGUCAGGGUUGGCAGGAACUAUGUGGACCUCAGCUGGGACCCGCCAGAAAACGAUGGAGGCUCCCGCGUGUCCGGCUACCUGAUCGAGCGUCGCGACGUGGGCGGCUCGGUGUGGGUGAAGUGCAACGACUACCACGUGGCCGACACCACCUUCACCGCCAUGAACCUCAUCGAGAAGGCCGACUACGAGUUCAGGGUGGUCGCCGUCAAUGCCGCCGGCAAAUCCGAGCCAUCCACCUGCACAACGCCCAUCCGCACCGGCGAAGAGCUUGGGGGCGCCAAACCCGAAUGGAUCAAGCAGAUGGGGGCGCACAUGGCCGCCCCGCUCGGCCGCCCCUUCACCUUGGAGUGUGUCGCCACUGGCAGCCCCAUGCCGCACGCCAGGUGGCUGAAGAACGGACGGGAAAUUGUACUGGGCACCAGGUUCAUAGCAGACUGCCGCGAGGGAGUCAUGAAGCUGAACAUCCUGGAGGCCACCAACGCGGAUGAGGGAGACUACACGUGCGAAGCCAUCAACAACAUCGGCUUUAUCUACUGCACUGGACAUUUGAAGAUUGGAAACCCGCCACGCAUCACACGCAUGCCCGGCGACCUCCACCUGCCCGAGCACGACAACACCAAGAUCAAGAUCUUGUACACCGGAGACCAGCCCGUGGACGUGGUGAUGAUGAAGGACGGCCACAAGGUCACCGACUCGCCGCACCUCAAGUACACCGUGUUCGAUGAUUACAUACUGAUCUUCAUCAAGGAUAUCUGCAAGGAUGAUAUGGGCUCAUACAAGCUAACCAUCAAGAACAACUCCGGAGAGACCUCCGACUCAUUCUCCGUGACAGUGACCGGCCUGCCCGGACCGCCACAGGACCUGAUCGCUACGGACAUCUCCAGACACAACUGCACGCUGUCGUGGAAGCCUCCGAGCUACGACGGAGGAUUGCCAGUCUCGCACUAUGUGGUUGAGAGGCUGGAUAUUUCUGGCACAGUAUGGAUAACGAUCGCGUCGUCAGUCCGCGACACUCGCUUCGUAGUACAGGGGCUGACUGAGGGUCACGAGUACCAGUUCAGAGUCCACGCCGCUAAUGAGAACGGCAUGGGACCGGCCUGCGAACAACCUAACCCUGUUAAGGCGAAGGCACCGUUCGACCCGCCGUCAGCGCCCGGCAUCCCGAAGAUCCUGGAGGUGGGCGGCGACUUCGUGCACCUCACGUGGGACAAGCCCGAGCACGACGGAGGCUCCAGGGUACAGGGCUACUGGGUAGACAAGCGCGAAGUGGGCGCAUCAGCAUGGCAACGCGUCUCCCCGACCCUGUGCGUGGCCAACAUGCUGAACUGCAGCAGUCUGGUGGAAGGAAGGCGGUACGAGUUCCGCGUCGUCGCGCAGAACGCGGCUGGCCUAUCGCCACCGAGCAGCAAUAGUCAGCCGGUGGUCGCGCAAGACCCCAAGGCGCCGACGCCACCGGAGAUCGUGAAGCCGCUGCGCAACGCCAACUGCAUCCAGUACCACAACGCCAAGUUCACGUGCACCAUCACCGGAUACCCGCGACCAACGAUCACUUGGUACAAGGGAGCCCGCGAGAUAACCAACGGCCCGCGCCACCAGAUCUGGAGCGAGGGAGACAACUACAUGUUAACAGUCGUGGACGUGUACGGUGAAGACGCGGACGAGUAUGUCUGUCGCGCCGUCAACAAGGCGGGCGUCAAGAGCACCCGUGCCGAGCUGCUGAUUUGCACCGCACCAAAACUGAACGUGCCGCCUCGCUUCCGCGACACGGCUUACUUCGACAAGGGCGAGAAUGUUGUCGUGAAGAUACCGUUCACCGGCCACCCGGUGCCCAAGAUCACGUGGGUGAGAGAGGGAGAGACCAUCGAGUCGGGACACCACUACCAUGUGGAGAGGAAAGAGAGGCACGCAGUUCUCACUAUCCGCGACGCGAGCAAGCUGGACUCGGGCCCGUACCGCAUCACGGCGGAGAACGAGCUGGGACAGGACUCCGCCAUCAUCAACAUCGAGAUCAGCGAUCGUCCGGACCCGCCGCGCUUCCCUCGCACGGAUUCAGUGGCUACAGAGUCUCUGGCCGUGUGCUGGCAGGCGCCGGUGUGGGACGGCGGCUCCGACAUCACCAACUACCUGGUCGAGAAGAGAGAGCACAACAUGAGCAGCUGGAUCAGGGUUGGCAACACCAGAUUCACAACAAUGGCCGUCACCGGGCUGGUCGCCGGCAAGCAGUACGAGUUCCGAGUGUACGCCGAGAACAUCUACGGCCGCUCCGAGCCCAGCGAGCCCACGUCGCUCGUGCAGACCAAGGCCAUCGUCAAGAAGGAGUUCAAGAAGAAGGAGUACCCUGUUGACGAGUCCGGCAAGCGUAUCCGCACGAACGCGGACCACGGCCCGGUCAAGGACUACGACAGCUACGUGUUCGACAUCUACAGCAAAUACGUGCCGCAGCCAGUCGACAUCUCUACUAGCUCCGUGUAUGAUAAAUACGACAUACUGGAGGAGAUCGGCACAGGCGCGUUCGGCGUGGUCCACCGAUGCCGCGAGCGCGCCACCGGCAACGUGUUCGCCGCCAAGUUCAUACCCGUCGCCGGCGCCAUGGAGAAGGAGCUCAUCAAGAAGGAGAUCGACAUCAUGAACCAGCUCCAUCACAGGAAGCUGAUUAACUUACAUGAUGCCUUUGAGGAUGACGACGAGAUGGUGCUGAUCUUUGAGUUCCUAUCCGGCGGCGAGCUAUUCGAGCGAAUCACCGAGCCCGGCUACAGCAUGAGUGAGGCGGAGGCCGCUCACUACAUGCGGCAAGUGUGCGAGGGAGUCCGGCACAUGCACGAGCAGAACAUCCUGCAUCUCGACCUCAAGCCGGAGAACGUCAUGUGCCAGACCAAGAGCGGCACUGAUGUCAAGAUAAUCGACUUCGGCCUAGCCACCAAACUAGACCCCAACGAGGUCGUCAAGAUCUCCACGGGCACCGCGGAGUUCGCGGCGCCCGAGAUCGUGGAGCGCGAGCCCGUCGGCUUCUACACCGACAUGUGGGCCGUGGGCGUGCUCGCCUAUGUACUACUGUCAGGCCUAUCUCCGUUCGCGGGUAACAACGACAUCGAGACCCUGAAGAACGUGAAGGCCUGCGACUGGGAGUUCGAUGAAGAAGCCUUCAUGCACGUCUCUGACGAUGCCAAGGACUUCAUCAGGAGACUGCUCGUCAAGAAUAAGGAGAAGCGUCUCACCGCGCACGAGUGCCUCCUGCACGCGUGGCUCGCCGGCGACUCGACCAGCAGCCGCACCGCCACCAUCGAGGCGCGCCGCUACGAGGCCCUGCGCGACCGCCUGCGCCGCCAGUACCAGGAUUGGUCAUCGUUUGCGCUGCCCAUCGGCCGGCUGAGCGAGUACAGCUCACUCAGGAAACUACUUGUCGAGAAGUGGAAGAUAUACGACGGACACUUCGACCGUCGCCAAGCCGCCCCGCGCUUCGUGAUCCGCCCACAAUCGGCGUUCUGCUACGAGGGGCAGUCCGUGAAGCUGUACUGCCGCGUGAUCGCGUGCGCCGCGCCCACGCUGUCCUGGAGCCGCAACAACCAGGUCUUGAGACAGUCUGUGAAGUUUAUGAAGAGAUACGCUGGCGACGACUACUACUUCAUCAUCAACCGCGCCAAGCUCGAGGACCGCGGAGAGUACAUCAUCAGGGCUGAGAAUGCGUACGGAUUCAGAGAGGAGGUCGUCUUCUUGAAUGUGCAACCCCUACCCAAGGUCCAGCGACAACACGUGGCCGAAGCGCCGCGGCGUCGCGAGGCACUUCCCUACACGUUCUGGCAGGAGUCGAGCGAGACGGCGCCCGCCUUCACGUUCCAGCUGCGCCCGCGCGUCAUGCAGGCGCGCGACACCUGCAAGCUGCUCUGCUGCCUCAGCGGGAAGCCGCCGCCCACGGUCAAAUGGUUCAAGGACCGUCGCGAGCUAUCCAAGCACGACUACUCGAUGACGCACUCGGACGGCGUGGUGACGCUGGAGAUCAUCGACUGCCGGCCCGAGGACAGCGGGAAGUACUCGUGCGUGGCCACCAACUGCCACGGACAGGACGAGACCAACUGCGUGGUUAUUGUUGAGGGCGAGGUGAUAUCCGCGGAGCAGGCGCAGAUGGCGCACAACUUCCUGCACUCGGGCGACCGCCGCUACAUCGAGAAGCCGCUCAAGCCCGCGCCGCCGCCCAUCGUCACCAAGACUAAGGUGACGGUAGACCCGCCAGUGAAGGCGCACGCGGCGCCCCGGCCCAAGUACUCCCCGCAGACGUCGGUGGAGGCCGGCAAGAAGAAGGGCUACGGGGCCAAGCUGGACACCGACGCCGCAAGGUCUAGGAGCACCACUAAGGAGCUUAUAUUGCCAGCGUCGGACAAGACAAUGUGCAAGCCUUCCUUCGCUCGCGCGCUGCCCGACGUGUUCGUGGCUAAGGACGGAGCCCCAUUGCUGCUGUCCUGCGCGGUUAGGGGCGACCCCGACCCGCGCGUCGAGUGGGCCAAGGACGGGAAGCCGCUGCACUCUUCUGAGGUGGUAGACCUGAAGUACAAGAACGGCGUAGCAUCGCUGGCGAUCAGCGAGAUAUUCCCCGAGGACGAGGGCGUGUACUCACUGCGCGCCAUCAACAGCCAGGGCGACUGCGAGACGCACUGCAAGGUCGCCGUCAAACCCAUGGACUCGACAGCGGCUCCCCACACGCACGGCGCGCGCGACAAACCGCCCCGCAUCGUGGACCACGCCGCCAGCCAGAUAGUCAGCGACGGCGACAGUGUCACGCUACAAUGCCGAAUUGUCGGCGCUGAGCGGUUCGACGUGGUGUGGCUGCACGACAACAAGGAGAUCAAGCCCAGCAAGGACUUCCAGUACAGCAGCGAGGCCAACAUACACAAGCUCACCAUCGCGGAGAUCUUCCCUGAGGACGCCGGCGUCUACACCUGCGAAGCCUUCAACGACAGCGGCGAAUCCUUCAGCGCGUGUUCACUAGUCGUGCGCGUGCCCGGGGAGGCGCCGGCCGCGCCGCAGUUCACCGCCUUCCCCGCCGCCGCCACCGUGCACUUGGACGAGCCAGCUGUCUUUGUGGCUGAGCUGGACAAGCCGCCGCUACAGCUCCAAUGGCUGAAGGAAGGCAAGCCAGUCGACGAGACCUCUCUUCGGUACCGGUUCACGAUGGAGGGCACCUCCAGGUACCGCUUCGAGAUCACCCAGCCCGACCCUGAAGACUCGGGGCUCUACCAGGCCCGAGCGGUCGGCUCCAAGGGAGACAGCCUCGCCGCAUUCUACUUGAAUGUCACCGACUUCUAAUUACGAAUACUUUUUUUACCAUAACUAAACUUUAGAUUUAAAAAAUAUUUAUUAUUACGAUUAUUAUUAUUAUUGUAAGUGUUAUCAAUGCCUUUGAGAUUCUCUCUAGUCAGAUGUAAUGUACGCCGUUUCGUUGGUUUUAAAUUUAUUUAUUUGUCGUCUAACGUUCACGUAAUCAAAGCUUCUAUUUUUAGCUUCAAUGUCUUGGUGUGGUCUUUGUGAUCCUUCCCCGGACACUCUUAGCCACCAUGGAGUGUCCAAGGAACGAUCGUGAAGGCCGAAGCCGAGCUAAAUAUACCUAUAAUUAUUUUUAUAUAAUAUUAAUACUAUAAAUUUAACGGUAUUAUUUAAUUGUACAUAAUUUAAUUUAUAUCAUGUGACCCGCAAUUAUUUAUAAAUACAAUAUGUAUUAUCUAAAAUUA